UGAAAAAAUCCAAGUACAGAUAAAAAGGGCAGCCCUUCUCACAUCCACUCACCACUUUCCCAUUCCCAAAUUCCAAUGCCUUCCCUUUCUCUUCUCCUCCUAUUCUCUUUAAUUCCUCUUUUCUACCUUUCUUCGGCCUACACUACCACCUUAUCCCUCUCACCUGCCGCCUUCGCACCGCCGCUUUCCAAUCCAUGGCAGAGGCUCAACCACUUCGCCACCGCAUCAACCACCAGAGCCCACCUUCUCAAACACCCCAAGACCAACAUUUCCGACACCAAAGUGCCGCUCUUUCCCCGUGGCUACGGCGGCUAUUCCAUCUCUCUCAGCUUGGGAACGCCGCCGCAGACCUUAUCGUUUGUCAUGGACACUGGUAGCAGCCUUGUCUGGUUCCCAUGCACACAACGGUACACCUGCAGUUCCUGCAAUUUCGUAAGCGUGAACCCGUCAAAUAUCUCCACUUUUAUACCCAGAUCAUCAUCUUCUUCCAGGAUUGUCGGGUGCAAAAACCCGAAAUGCAGAUGGGUUUUCCCCGGUGUACAGUGCAAGGACUGUGGGGGAAAUUCAACUACCUGCACUGAAUUUUGUCCGCCGUACAUAAUUCAAUAUGGGUCCGGGUCAACUACUGGGUUACUACUAUCUGAAACUCUAAUCUUCCCUGAAAAAUCAGUGAACAAUUUCGUCGUUGGUUGCUCCAUUUUCUCUUCCAGGCAGCCCUCUGGCAUUGCCGGAUUCGGGCGUGGCCCGGAGUCAUUGCCGGCUCAGAUGGGGCUCAAGAGAUUCUCCUAUUGUCUGGUCUCCCACCGGUUCGACGACACGCCGGUAAGCAGUGAUCUAAUUCUGGUCAGCGGCGGCGGCGCCGGCAAAGGCAGCGCAACCAACUAUACUCCUUUCCGGAAAAACCCAACUUCCUCCAAUCCCGCCUAUCAAGAUUAUUACUACGUGACGCUACGGAAAAUCACGGUGGGCGGGGUCAAUGUGAGGGCCCCGUACAAAUUCCUGGUGGCUGAUUCCGACGGAAACGGAGGGACGAUAGUGGAUUCCGGCACCACCUUCACCUUCAUGGAGAACCCGGUGUUCGAAUUAGUGGCGCAACAAUUCGAGAAGCAAGUCGGGAAAAAUUACAGCAGAGCCACUGAAGUCGAAAACCAAUCGGGCCUGCGGCCGUGUUUCAACAUUUCAGGGGAAAACUCAUUAACUUUACCCCAAUUAAGCUUCCAUUUCAAAGGCGGCGCAGAAAUGGUUUUACCAUUGGGGGAUUACUUCUCGUUCUUGGAUGAUUCAGUAAUUUGCAUGACUAUAGUGACGAACAGCGCAGCCGAAGGCGGAGUCGGGCCGGGCCCUGCAAUAAUUUUGGGUAAUUAUCAGCAGCAGAAUUUCUACUUGGAGUAUGAUCUAGAAAACGAGAGACUUGGAUUCCAGAAACAACUGUGCAAAUGAGGUUAAAUGAUUUUAACCCCUCCUUUUUCUUUUUAGUAAUAAUAAUGAAAUUCGGUCCGAACGUGGACAAAAAUCUUGAAAAAUAAAUAUUAAAAAUGGAAAAUAGAGUCGUGGAGACAGCAGCAGGAAAACGACAAGUGAUGACCGAGGAGCUGGUGGUGUUAUUAAUUUGUAGUUUAGGUAAGAAUUAUUAAUGUUAUGAGUUGUGACUUUAACAACCUAAGUAUUUUCAUUCAUGAUGAUGAUGAUGUAGUAGUUGUUCUUGUUGUAAUGUGUAUCUUCCUUUUCCUGAUUAGUAUUUCUUACAAUGAAUAAUUAUUACCCCGUUUCUUUA